AUUCUUUUUACACCCUAUAUAUAUAUAUAAAUAGUAAUUUUAUAUAGUUUCCAUUUAUAACGAUUAGCCGUAAAUAAAUUACACCAAUUAAAAUUUGAAUGGCAUAUUGCCGCAUCGGAAACGUAAAUAAGCAGCUUUGGAUUUCGGGGUAGUUGUCACCCUUUGUUUAAUUAUAAUUAAAGGCCUGAUGGUCUCAUCUGCCUCGCUUGUUUGUUUUUAUUCAUUUCACUAUAAGGUUCAAAUUACUUUAAUUAACUGCCUCACUUAAUUACGUAGAUAAUUAAAUUACUUAAUAAAUCAAUAUUACUGUCAUGACACCCCGUAUAGUUUUUAAAUAAAACUUAAAAAGAUAUUUGUUAAGGAAUUUAAGUCGAGCGUUAGCAAAAAAAGAAUUGCAACGUUCGAAAGGGUUUUAUACCUAAAUAGGUGGAGUAUGAUUCAGUAUACCGCUCGUGGUCGUAUGGUUAAUGUCGGUUUUUUUUGAGGAAAUUUGCAAAUUUUCUUGUUUUAACUGGUUUAAUUAAGUUUUUAUUGUUGCAACAGGAGUUUGUUAGUAGAGGACAUUGGUUUAUUUUUGGGUUUUAUGUCUAAAGGCCUGAUUUUGGCAAAAAAAGACGUUUUAGCCUAUGGCGCGGUGCAGAACACCUUUAAGGUAACAGCACCUGGACCUGGAAGCUGGUAAUAGGCCAGCGUCCUUCUUUGGAAUACUUUUACAAACAACGCCAUCACCAUGUUUUAUUGGAUAUUCUUUUCACUUAUCGGAUUCUCACUGGUUCUUCAGACCCCAGCUUCAGGGGUGUUUGAAUUGAGGUUGCUAUCCUUCGACAACCAAGCUGGAAAGGAUGACCAAGGCAGGUGUUGCUCAGGUCGCCCUCUCGGUUUAGAAUGCGAGGGAGAAUGUAGGCCUCGCUUCAGGAUAUGCCUCAAGGAGUACCAAGUGAAGAUCGACGCAACCUCCACCUGCACCUUCGGAGAUGUCAGUACUUCCGAAUUGGGUCCAGGACCAGCUGAUGACCCACAAAGCGGUUUCGCCAAUGCCAUCGCUGUGAAAAUACCGUUCACUUGGCCGGGGUCCUUCUCGCUCAUCGUGGAAGCUUGGCAUGGCUCGUCUAAUUCAACGGUACAUUCUCCAGUGCUGGUCAGCAGACUGAUGCGUCACUGCUGGUUGGAUGUAGGAGAGCAAUGGACUGAGGAGACCCAUAGUUCGAAAUAUUCCACCCUAAGAUUCAAAUACCGAGUUACGUGCGAGCCGAAUUAUUAUGGAAAAGGCUGCGAGAAUGUGUGUCGACCACGCGAUGAUAAUUUUGGACAUUACAGCUGUUCCUCUACUGGAAAACGAGUUUGUUUAGCUGGAUGGACUGGGGAUUAUUGCACCACACCGCUCUGUUUACCGGGGUGUGACGAACAACAUGGCCACUGCGUCCAUCCAAACGAAUGCAUAUGCCAAUCAGGUUGGGAAGGUCCUCUGUGCGACAAAUGUCAACGUUAUCCCGGAUGCAACCACGGCACCUGCGUAAAACCCUGGGAGUGCUUGUGUAACGAAGGCUGGGGAGGUUUGUUCUGCAACCAGGAUUUAAAUUUCUGCACCAACCAUUUGCCGUGCAAAAACGGAGGGACUUGCUAUAACACCGGCCAAGGCAGUUACACUUGCAGCUGCCCUCCUGGAUUUAACGGGACCGACUGUGAAAUUCCCACCGAUGAUUGUACCAAAACACCUUGCUUAAACGGUGGCAGCUGUAAAAGACCGGAUAACGGAGACGCGGCCAUUUGCCAGUGCCCUUCCGGCUAUCACGGAUCGAGAUGUCAAACUGCCAUCCCUCCUCCACCAAGUCAAAGCUGCUCCACUAAUCCAUGUGCCAAUGGAGGCAGUUGUCAGGAAAUAAAGGGAGGAUUUCGUUGUACUUGCCGCCCAGGAUACACUGGACCAACUUGUGAACGCCGAUUGGGCCCCUGUGAAGACAACCCUUGUGAACAUGGUGGAGUCUGCUCCGAAACAUCUAGUACACAAUACGGGUACCGUUGUGCUUGUCCAGCUGGAUUUGCUGGAGACCGUUGUCAGAUCGACGUGGAUGAGUGUGCCAGCGGAAAUCCUUGUUUUAACGGUGGUACUUGUAUAGACAAAGUGAACGAGUUUAGGUGUCAAUGCGUGCCUGGAUUUGUCGGUAGAUUGUGCCAAGAACGCGUAGACUAUUGCAUAGCCAAACCUUGUGCCAAUGGCGGUACUUGCCAUCAGUUGCUUAACGAUUACCAAUGCCGAUGCCCUCCUGGCUUUGGCGGAAAAGACUGUAGUAAAGAAGUUGACAAGUGUCGAGCAAACCCUUGCAAAAACGGAGGAACCUGUCGGAAUCGAAUUAGGGACUACGAGUGCGACUGUCCGAUGGGUUUCAUCGGAAGGGAUUGUUCUGAAUCUAGUGUGGGAGCCGCUUCAAGCGCUCGCAUUUCAACCGAAUCAACUUUAACCGCUGAACAUGUUGUCGUGAUCGCUACAAUUUCAACAUUCGUCCCUCUGCUAGCCCUUGUCGCUGUUGGUGUGAUCGCUUGUUUAAAACAAAGAAGGAAACGUGAGAAAGCGAGGGCCGAUGAGGAAGCCCGACUUCAAAACGAACAAAAUACCGCCAAUAGCAGUUUUGCCAAACGUGGAGCCGCCAUGGCAGCCGAUGCCCGCAUGAUCAAAAACUCUUGGAACAAAUGUACCAAUAAUGUUCUGGAAGAGUCUGCCGGUGCAGCUGCAGUUUGUGAUAUGGAACCCUUUCCCAAACAACAACAACAAGUGAUCGAUGGACGACCAGUGUACGGACUACAGCGCAGCCGUUCACAGAAGCAGCUUAACACAGAAUCAUCGUGUACUGCAGCAAAUUCAGCAGCCGUAGCUGCUGCGCGUGCAUCUGCGCUGCUAGUUGCAAAACUGCACGAACCCGAGUAUGAGCCAAUUAAACGGUUAUCUGUGAUGUCGCAGGGUGAUCCACCAACGAAAGAUACGCCGGUUUUCGUGGUUGAAGAACACUUCCGAGUGCCAGUGCCUGGCGGCUUAUUCGCUACCGAAGUGUGAUAGGUGGCGGCAUUAGCCACUACCCCCCUCCCCCUCUCUUUCUCUCUCUUUCUCCCCCACGACUGCUGUGUUCUGGUUCUGAGUAUCUCCAAGUUUACUACUAUUCUACUUAUUCAUUUUUAUAAUACUUCUCUAUACAACUUUUUUACGUAUCUUUUUGCACGAAAUUUUUACACUUAAAAUUAACUGGCGGUACUCAUUAUCCAGAAGUGUCGGUUUUUGCCGAUAGUGGACGUUGCGCCGAAGCGACCUAGUCUACCGUAGCCUACCCGUCGGCCGAUUAGCAGUUUUCUUUUGUUCAUAGUGUAUAUAUUAGUUUAAUAUUUUGUAAAGUAGCCUAGCACUGUCUUAUUAGCCGGAAACCAAAGAUUGGGCUACGGUAGUACCUUGCUUCCGCGCAUCGUGCCCUUUGGUACUCAGUACCCUUGUGAUGCAUUUAAGUGAGCUAACUCACCCGAGGGGUUAGUUACUAGUGAGUUAUUUGUAUGCUUAAGUAAGCUAAGUCUAAUGUACACUUUUGUUCUUUUAAACGAUUUUCAAGUUUUGUUUCUCUUGUAUUUGUAUACAAUUUUUAGACACGGCUGUAUUAGUCGUUGUAUAUAUCCAAUCAACAACUCUUUUUGGGGUGUUUUAUCCUGUAUACACUGAGAAAAACUCUCUCAUGUUCUUUACUAUUAUUUUUUUGCAUUAUUAGGAAUUAUUUUCUUAUAGUAAUUUGUGGGUUUUCAAAGCAAUAAUUUGACUUUGACACCAUCAAUUUUAAGUUAUUUACUGAACACUUCUAAUCAAACAAUUAAUGCAUGCUAAUUAUCAUUGUUCAUGGAGUUUUAUGUUUUUAUCAUAUUGUAAGUUUUUUUAGUUGUCAAGAAAACUACAACCAUAAUUCAAAUGUUUUACAAACAUGAAAUUAUUGUGUUGAAAUUUUAGCUUCCCGAUAAUAAAUAAUUUAUUUAGGAUCUAAAACAGAUGAUGUCUUUAUUGGCUUUUAAAUAUUACUUCAGCUGGUUCAGCAAGAUAAAAUAAAGAUUUUACUCUUAAGGCUUAUACGUUCAAUCUUAUCUCUAUAUUCAAACAAUAUUUUAUUCUUCUCACGCGACAUCGACUCUUCAUUGAUGAUCUUGUGAAUUUAAAAAUUCCAAUAUUUUUGUAUAUGUACCCUGGAGAUUUUUCUCAGUGUUGGUGUAAGUAAAGGCGAUUUAUUUCUCUUGGGUGGAAUUUUAAAACAGGACGACCGGUCUAUUCCUGUUUUAAAAUCUUUACCGCCAUAAUAAAUGCUUUUCAUUGAAACCGAUUGUUUUUAUGGAAGACAUUUAAACGUGAAAAUAUAUAUUUUUAAACUGCCUCGCUCUUAAUUACAAAAGUUGUUUUGUUUAGGAACGAGCCAAACAUAUGUUGAAAUAGAUCUUCUUUAUUAAUAUUGUAAUAUUUUUAACUUAUCAAUGGACUGAUUGAAGUUUCAUAUAAAUAUUAUUAUAGUUUUUCUUUGAUUAAAUGCCUGGGACCAAUAGUAAAACUGAUUAGUUACUAAAAAGUUAAAGAUAUUACAACCCCUUUUUAUUUAUCAAAAUUUUUUAUCUUAGCUGUGUAUUUUCUAGUAUUUAAGCCUUGAAUUUCGUUUUAUAUUAAAAUAAAAAAGCAGCCAACAGUGAUGUAAAUUUCUAGGAUUUUAUGCGAUUCUGUCAUUUAUGUGUGACUAUCCCCUCAAUACUUGUCUCGAUUAGUUGAGAGGGAAACCGUAUAAAGCCGCUCCCCUUAAUUCGACUUUCGCGUAUUUAUUAUUGGCCAGUGGACUAUUUCGUUGAAUUUAGGGGACCGGCCGAAGUCCCAUCAACCUUUCAAUGUGUGGAUUUUGUACUUAAUAUGAACAAAGAAACAAUGUUCCUGUAAUGUAAACUAAGUCAUUUUUGUAUGACGUUGCCGAAAAAAAUGUUAUAUUUUUCUAACCUUUUUUGCAACGCCAAAAUGCACAGGGUGCACCACAAUGAAAUAAAUAACAUGCUCCUAUUUGAAAGUUCUAUUUUUUUACGAUGAUUUUAGUCUAAAGCCGCUUUUACCACGCUUUGGAAUAGGAGCGCCGCUUAUUUAUUUCUUAGUCGUGGUGUAGCCUUGUGAGUUUGUUGUAUUACUUAACCCUUGGGCAAGUUAAAAGACUUAAUAAUAGUAAAGACGUUUGUAAUAUAUUACUGUGUAUAUUUAUAAUAUGUACCUAUAAAAAUGUUCUGUUUCUAGAGAAGCGGCUGUAUUUGUUCCUCAUGUGAAUAAUGUUAUUUAAAAGUUAUCUUAAUAAUAAAUUUUUUGUUCUAUA